AUGAAAGAGGUUGUGAACGUUCACAAACUCCACAAUUUUACAGCUACUACACCUAUACCAACCGAAAGUACAGUUGCUUCUGAAAGCUCGUCUCCCACAACCACAGCCACCACAUCUACAGCAUCGACGUCUACUAUAGCGGAAGGUCAGUUGCAAAUCUCGCUUACUUCAAAUUCGUCCUGGAAAGAACGCGUGAACCCUACGGGAACGUCAGCGACACAGACGACAUCCGAAAAAGAAGCAACAACUGCAGACAUUUUCAGUCUGCCCACAAUAGAUUGGCAAUUUCCAACUGAUUCUCCGGAUGUUACAGACCCUUGCAAAGAUCUCAAUGAAUUCGAACCUUGCGUGAGUAAUCCUCCCUCGACUCGCCCUCCGAAGCUAAAGGACGACGAACAACAGAAGCUAGUAACACUUAUACCGUGGGGUAAAGGAUCCAAGUGGUCAUACCCAGAUGAUGGAAGCCAGCGAAAAGUGUGGCCCAUUCCACCAAAGAAGAAAGGAAAAUCAAUCAAGGAGCCAAACUCUGUUUAUGAAGAAGAGGAAAAAGUAGUGUCUCCACAAGGGAGAGGUGAAUGGGCAGAUCCUGAUGGUCAGCAGAAGGGGCUCUUACCACCACUGUUAACAAAAGGACUUGAUUCGGAAGGAAAAGUGAUAAAAGCGUAA